CUAUAUGCUUUUCGUUUGAUCUGAUCUUGUUCUCUACUUUUCACCAAACCACGAACAAUUCAUUGCUCAAGGGUAAGACGAAGAUCUUCUUCUUCCAAUUUUAUCUCAUCGACAACAAGUGCAGUUAAAUUCUAGUGAAUCAGAGAUGGAAUAUUCCAGCAGUGCGCAAUCCACCGCCGUUUGCCAUGUGGUGGCGAUGCCGUUCCCCGGUCGCGGGCACAUCAAUCCCAUGAUGAACUUCUGCAAGUUACUCGCUUCAAGAAAACACGACGUCCUCAUCACAUUUGUCGUCACAGAAGAAUGGCUAGGCUAUAUCGGUGCCGAUCCCAAGCCCGACAACAUACGCUUUGCAACGAUACCUAACGUCAUCCCACCGGAGCGGCUGAAAGCCGCUGACUUUCCUGUCUUCUACGAAGCGGUGAUGACGAAAAUGGAAGUCCCUUUUGAGCAGCUUCUUGACCGGCUUCACCCACCGGCAACUGCAAUUUUAGGGGAUAUCGAGGUUCGGUGGGCAAUUGGAGUUGGGAACCGAAGGAAUAUUUCGGUGGCCGCUUUUUGGACGAUGUCCGCCACCGUACUAUCCAUGUUUCAUCAUUUUGAUCUCCACAUAAAGCACCACAAUUCAACAGUCGAUCUAAUAGAAGAAGUGAAUGAGAUCGCCGGAGUUUCCUCAGAUACGCUGGCAGACCUUCGAACUAUUUUCAGACGAGACGACAGCCGAGUCUUACAGCUUGCCCUUGAAUGCAUCUCAGAGGUUCCCAGAGCACAGUAUCUCCUCUUCACCUCAGUUUACGAGCUCGAACACCGAAUCAUCGACACCUUAAAAACAAUUUACCCUUUUCCUAUCUACACCAUUGGCCCUGCGAUUCCUUACUUAGAACUUAAAACCAAAAUCAGCAAUGAAGCUGAAAACUACUUACGCUGGUUAGAUUCUCAACCUGAAGGUUCUGUCUUGUAUAUCUCGUUGGGAAGUUUUCUCUCAGUUUCAAGCACCCAGAUGGAGGAAAUCUUUGCCGGACUUCAGACCAGCGGCGUUCGGUUCCUGUGGGUGGCUCGUGGAGAAGCCUCCAAGUUGAAAGCUGAUUAUUGCUCUGGGGAUAUGGGGUUGGUGAUUCCUUGGUGUGAUCAAUUGAAGGUGUUGUGUCAUCAAGCAAUUGGAGGUUUUUGGACACACUGUGGAUGGAAUUCCACUCUGGAAGCUGUUUACGCCGGCGUUCCGAUGCUUACCUAUCCUCUGUUUUUGGAUCAAGAUACUAACAGUAGGCAAAUCGUGGAAGAUUGGGGAAUUGGAUGCAGGGUGAAGAGGGAGGCCGGAGCUGAGAAAUUGGUGACCGGAGAGGAAAUUAGGGAUGUUGUUGGGAGGUUUAUGGAUUCUGAAAGCAAUGAAGGGAAGGAAAUUAGAAGAAAAGCAACGGAAUUUAGGGAAAUAUGUCACCUUGCCACAGCGAAAGAUGGGUCUUCUGCAGCCAACCUUGAUGCAUUUAUCAAAAACAUUUCUUUAUAUUGAAACUGAAAAUUUUCAAUUUUUUUGAACAUGCAACCAUUUACUUUACUAGUAGGUUGCGAAUUUGAGGCUCAUAGACCUGAUAGAUACGAUCUUCUCUAAUUAAUGGUAUUGCUUAAA